AUGGAGGUGCCGCAGGACCACGAGGCGGCGCUGAGGACCGCGGCGCAGAACAAGCCGCCCGCCAACGCCCGGCCAUGGCGCGGAGGCGCCGGAGCGCCUUCAUCCGCGGCUCCCCCGCCGCCGCCGCCCAAGGUGUACCGCGUGGAGCCCCGGGAGUUCCGGGACCUGGUGCAGAGGCUCACCGGCGCGCCGCCCACGGCGCUGCGGCGCCCGCAGCAGCACCAGCACCACCACCGCGUGGUGGGCGUCGCGGCGCCGGUGGUGCAGCCGCAGCCCGUGCGCCCCGGCGGCGAGCAGCAGGCGUACGGCGCGGCGGCGCCGUGGUUCUCGCUCCCGAUGGCCGGCGGGUUGGAGGCGGCGACGGCGGCGCAGCCCCAGCACGGCGCUUUCCUCUAG